UGAGUGAGUGAGUGAGUGAGUGAGUGAGUGAGUGAGUGAGUGAGUGAGUGAGUGAGUGAGUGAGUGAGUGAGUGAGUGAGUGAGUGAGACAGAGAGUGAGAGUGUUAGCGAAUGGGCUCUGUACAAGAACACCUGUAUCGAAGUGCCCUCGAUGCCCUUCUCCACCAUCCCCACGCGGUGCGCAGGGGACGUGCACGGCCAGUACUACGACCUGCUCCGCGUCCUGGAGGUGGUGGGCACGCCGCCGCUGCAGCGCUUCCUCUUCCUCGGGGACUACGUCGACCGCGGCCCGCAGAGCACGGAGGUGAUCGUGUUGCUGCUUGCACUGAGAGUGCGCUACCCAGACAGCGUGGCGCUGCUGCGCGGGAACCACGAGAGCGCGCUCCUCAACAAGAACUACGGCUUCUACAAGGAGCUCGGUCGGCGUGGCUACUCGCCGUCGCUGCCGAAGCGCUUCGCGGACUGCUUCAACUGCAUGCCGCUGGCGGCCGUGGUGGGCGGGCGCAUCUUCUGCUGCCACGGCGGCCUGUCGCCCGACCUGCGCAGCCUGGAGCAGAUCAACCACCUGGUCAGGCCGGCGGACGUGCCGCGCGACGGGCUCUUCUGCGACCUGCUCUGGGCCGACCCGGAGUACGUGAUUGGCUGGCAGCCGAACAUCUCCCGGGGCUGCUCCUAUGUGUUCGGGCCGGAGAUAGUGGAAGAGUUCUUGCGGACGCACGGUCUGGACCUCAUCUGCCGGGCGCACCAGGUGGUCGCGGACGGCUACGAGUUCUUCGCCCGGCGCGGCCUCGUCACCAUAUUCUCGGCGCCCAACUACUCGCGCCACUGGUGCUGCAACGCCGGCGUGGUGAUGCACGUCGACGUCGACCUCACCUGCUCCUUCGUCGCGUUUAAGGCAAAUGAGCACGCAGGCUAACGCUUCUUCC